AAAAAAGCGGUGACGCAGUACACACAAGACCGCUAUUCGUCGCUCAGGAAACGGACUGUGCUCGAGACCGAUUGCAUUAUGAACAAAUCUUUCGCCUAGGCAUGCGAACAAUUAUGCAUUGCUACUUAAUUUAAGAACAGGCCAUUUAUAUCAGUUGUAAUGCUUAAUAUUAUUUAGUUAUUAGAUUCCGUGUUAGCAGUGAGCUAGCUAGCUAUCAAGCAUCUUCUGACAGUGACAUUUAUGUCUCUGCCUUGUGCUGUGUUCUCCGUCUUGGAAUGGGAUCGCAGACUGGUGUUCCGAACAGCUUAGUGAUUCAAACGAACAAAUCCAGAUCUUCCUUCUCUGAGUGACGCAGCUAUGUAUAUGUUUGGGCCCCAUGGUUGACUGCCAGGUGUGUGUAGUGUUUUUAUUCCCCGUACUCCUCCAUAGCCAACCCCAGCCCCAUAUCCCCCAGCCCCAUAUGCCCCAGUCCUAACCCCAGCCCGCUUCACCAUGUGUCAGAGUAUUUUGCUUGAAAUAGCCAGUGUCUAAGUUCUAGCCCCAGCUCCAAACCCAUGCCCCUUUGCCUCUAGAUCCUUCUCCUUCCUUUCCUCACACCAGCCCCCUUGCCCAUUCAAAUCACCCACUUCCAGACCUAGCACCAGCCCCACUCCCAACCCUGUUCCCCCAGCCCCACACUCUAUCCGCCAGCCCAACUCUCUAUCCCCUACCCCUCUCUCCUGGCCCACCACCAUCUAUCUCUAGACCACGUCCAGCCACCGUACCAUGCUGGGGAGAAACAUGUCCCAGAAGCUGAGUGGGCUGCUGAUAAUCUUGGGGCUGGCGUGGGGGCUCAUGUUGCUGCGCUACACCGUGCAGCAGCCGCGCCACAAGAGCAGUGGCGAGCUACGCCAACAGAUCCUGGAGCUGAGCCGGCGAUAUGUCAAGGUGCUCAACGAGGAGAACCAGAACACACUGGGAGGACCGCAGGGCCCCUCCAUGGCCGGUUAUGCUGAUCUGAAGAGGACCAUAGCAGUGUUGCUGGAUGACAUCCUGACGCGCCUGGUCAAGCUGGAGGGGAAGAUGGAGCUGGUCGCCAACACUUCAGCCACUAACUCCUCCCAUCCUGCAGCAGGCUCCCUGGCCUCAGCUCCAGUUGCCUUACACAAGCAGGACACGCCAGGCAACCACCGCCUGGAAACGCCUCGCCUCCCUCCACACACACCCAACAGACCUCGCCCAGGGGUAUAGUAGUGUGGGUAGUGAUUGAGGCCCUGUUCAAGUAAAAAGUGCAUCUUUUCUUCUUUAGGUAGUCACUGAUCUAUUAAGGAUGGUCAGGUGGUAACUUUCCUUUCACUUAUCCAUUCAUGUACAGAUCAGUGAUUAGCUCAUGGGAGGAAGAAAAGAGUGAGGAGGUAUUCUAGAUCAUUUAAAACUAACCUAACCCUGAGAAAGGACUGACUGCCUUUACCGUUCCAAUAACUACUUGGCUGAUUGACAUUUUUUUACAUAGACAUUUUAGCAUCUUUUUUAAUACUAUCAGUCAUGGACUCUUAGGCAUACGUUUUAGAUUCCCAGUUGUUUUUUCAUGAAAGGGUCUACAAACUGCGGAUGUGUCUGAGGAUGUCUGUGGGCAGCAACAAAGCACCAACAACAGUAGAGGAAAUGAACAAAUGUCUACUCUGUGGAGCCUUCAAGAAUGCUGAUGAUAAAUAUGAAUGGCACAGCCACCCUGAUAUUUUAUCCCUUGGACAGACCGACUAUGAAUUUUCUGUACUGCUUCUUUAAAUCUCAUCCAUAUCAGAAGUUGCUGAACUAAACAAUGCACUCAUGGUAGUUUUGGAAAUGAUGUAGUUGAGUUUGCAGAAGCUCCUGGUGCUUAAUAUGUAGAUUUGAAGAUUCCCCUUUUAGCUUUUAUAUAUAUAUAUAUAUAUAUAUAUAUAUAUAUAUAUAUAUAUGAUAUAAAAAACUAUUUAGCUGUUGUACAGUAGACUUUCUUUUUUAAAGGAUAAAAGUGAUAAUCCAAAGAAUUUUAUUUGCACUCUCCUUGAAGGCUUCAAAAAUGUAUUUUUACUUUGAUUUUAGAUGGUGUAUAACAAGUUGAAUGUAACUGUCAAUAAGCAGAUGAUUACCAAGUGGUUACAAUUGAUCAAUUCCAACUCCAUCCUCUUUGUCAGUACUCGGACUGUUAGUCCUUGUUGAUUCCCCUUGCAGAUACGAGUGGUUAGGGCCAGGACUUUUUCCUGACUGACCAGUAAAAACUCCUAUCCCAAUCAAUGUACAACCUGUUUUUUGUCUCCGUUUAGCCCUCUGAUGAAGUUGCUUGUCUAUUUCUUACACAUAUCAGUCUGAGCUCACAUUACACAGCGAUUGUUGGGGGCUGUCCUAAAAAUAGUGGGCUAACCCAAUGUUUAUACUUUUAACUUAUGGGACUGCCUGUCUAUGGUACACCCUUACCCCCUUUACUACAAACCAUUAGCUGCAUCCUGAUUCUCCACCCUUACAGAAAUGUGCACUUAAACACGAUCUUUCAAAUCAAAGUUUAUUUGUCACAUGCGCCAAAUACAACAGGUAUUGAUAGACCUUACUGUGAAAUGCUUACUAUCAAGCCCUUAACCAACAAUGCUGAUUUAUCUUUUUAAGUAAGAAAAUAUUUAAACAAAAUAAAGUAACACAACAACAAUAAAGAGGCUAUAUACAGGGGGUACCGAGUGGAUGUGCGGGGGUACAGGUUAGUCGAGGUAAAAUGUACAUGUAGGUAGGGGUAAAGUGACUAUGCAUAGAUAAUAAACAGUGAGUAGCAGCAGCAUAAAAAAGGGGGUCAAUGCAAAUAGUCCGGUUAGCCAUUUGAUGGACUGUUUAGCAGUCUAAUGGCUUGGGGUUAGAAGCUGUUAAGGAGCCUUAUGGACUGUGACUUGGUGCUCCUGUACUGCUUGCCGUAGGUAGCAGAGAGAACAGUCUAUGACUAGGGUGGCUGGAGUCUUUGACAAUUUUUAGGGCCUUCCUCUGACACCGCCUGGUAUAGAGGUCCUGGAUGGCAGGAAGCUUGGCCCCAGUGAUGUACUGGGCCAUAUGCAAUACACUCUGUAGCACCUUAUGGUCGGACGCCGAGCAGUUGCCAUACCAAGUGGUGAUGCAACCGGUCAGGAUGUUCUCGAUGGUGCAGCUGUAGAACCUUUUGAGGAUCUGAGGACCCAUGCCAAAUCUUUUCAGUCUCCUGUGGGGGAAUAGACAUUGUCGUGCCCUCUUCACGACUUUCUUGGUGUGUUUGGACCAUGAUAGUUUCUUAGUGUUGUGGACGCCAAGGAACUUGAAGCUCGCAACCCGCUCCAUUACAACCCCGUUGAUGUGAAUGGGGGCGUUCUCGGCCCCCAUUUUCCUGUGGUCCACGAUCAGCUCUUUUGUCUUGCUCACGGUGAGGAAGAGGUUGUCCUAGCACCAGACUGCCAGGUCUCUGACCUCCUCCCUGUAGGCUGUCUCAUCAUUGGUGAUCAGGCAUACCACCGUUGUGUCGUCCAUCAAACUUAAUGAUGAUGUUGGAGUCGUGCGUGUUAACGCAGUAGUGGGUGAAUACGGAGUACAGGAGGGGACUAAGCACACACCCCUGAGGGGCCCCCGUGUUGAGGAUCAGCGUGGCAGAUGUGUUGUUGCCUACCCGUACCAGCAUGCAUUCAAAAGCAUUUGAUUGGUUUAAGCAUUGGCUGGAGGGUGUUUCCACCAUUGUUAAACCUAGAAUCCUUAAUUGAAACAACAAGCCGUCUCUGCUCCUGUUUUGGUAACAGCGCUGAAGGAUGGGCCUGGCGAAAUGUAACAACUCUCAAAUUCAUAGACCGAGGUAUGGAUGCAAGGACUGACCAUCCAUGAUAUCAAAAGUAUAGUUCGAACCAUGUUUUGAGGCUAUACAUGUUUGUUUACAUGUACAUUGUUUUCAAACAUUGGAGUAAAACAAGCUAAUAUUAUGGGUUCUGAUAGGGUACGACAGUUGACCUAAACUCAUGCGUAAUUUAUAAGUUAUAUUAUUCAAGAAUCAAUGGCUAUAUAUCAUUAAUUUAUAAGUCCCAAAAUGGAUGUAGCAACUAAGGAUUCAAGAUUUAAAUUGUUAAGUGUUAAGGCUCAUGUCCUCACCCAUUACCUCUGGCCACGGCCCUCCCUUGCCACUCACAUCAAGUUUCUCAACUCUGCUCACUCGCACCCUUGAAUAUUUAAGCAGUAGUUUCUCCCUCCAGUCUUGCUUAUUCCUGUUGGUGAAUGCAUGGGGCGGCCAAUUUAUGUUAUCCUUUCCAUGUUGUGUGUGACUGACUUCCAUUAUUGUGAGUACUUUCCAUUGUGUAUAAAUGUUAGUUUUAAGAUCCUUUUUAGUUGAUUUUAAAGUUAGUUUGCUGCUGCCAAAUUUCCUGUCAGUCCAGCAUGUGAGAUGCAUUUCAGUUAUUUAGCCCAGUCAUGCUUGUAUGUUAACAUGUUUGUACAGUGCCUUCAGAAAGUAUUCAGACCCCUUGACUUUUCCACAUUUUGUUACAUUACAGCCUUAUUCUAAAAUAUAUAUAUUUUUAAAAUCCUUAGCAAUCUACACACAUACAAAAUAGAUACCUUAUUUACAUACAGUGGCUUGCGAAAGUAUUCACCCCCCUUAGGAAAAAUACCAAUCAUUUGAUUUACACAACCUGCCUACCACUUUGAAGAUGCAAAAUAUUUUUUAUUGUGAAACAAACAAGAAAUAAGACACAAAAAAUAACUUGAGUGUGCAUAGCUUUUCACCCCCCCCAAAGUAAAUACUUUGUAGAGCCACCUUUUGCAGCAAUUCCAGCUGCAAGUCUCUUGGAGUAUGUCUCGACAAGCUUGGCACAUCUAGCCACUGGGAUUUUUCCCAUUCUUCAAGGCAAAACUGCUCCAACUCCUUCAAGUUGGAUGGGUUCCGCUGGUGUACAGCAAUCUUUAAGUCAUACCACAGAGUCUCAAUUGGAUUGAGGUCUGGGCUUUGACUAGGCCAUUCCAAGAAAUUUAAAUGUGUCCUCUAAAACCAUUCAAGUGUUGCUUUAGCAGUAUGCUUAGGGUCAUUGUCCUGCUGGAAGGUGAACCUCUGUCCCAGUCUCAAAUCUCUUUAAGAUUGAAACAAGUUUCCCUCAAGAAUUUCCCUGUAUUUAGCGGCAUCUAUCAUUCCUUCAAUUCUGACCAGUUUCCUAGUCCCUGCCGAUGAAAAACACACCCACAGCAUGAUGCUGCCCACACCAUGCUUCAGUGUGAGGAUAGUGUUCUUGGGGCGAUGAGAGGUGUUGGGUUUGCGCCAGACAUAGCAUAUUCCUUGAUGGCCAAAAAGCUCAAUUUUAGUCUUAUCUAACCAGAGUAUCUUCUCCCAUAUGUUUGGGGAAUCUCCCACAUGCCUUUUGGCGAACACAAACGUGUUUGCUUAUUUUUUUCUUAAGCAAUGGCUUUUUUCUGGCCACUCUUCCGUAUAGCUCUGUGGAGUGUACUGCUUAAAGUGGUCCUAUGGACAGAUACUCCAAUAUCCGCUGUGGAGUUUUGCAGCUCCUUCAUUGUUAUCUUUGGUCUCUUUGUUGCCUCUGAUUGAUGCCUUCUUUGCCUGGUCUGUGAGUUUUGGUGGACAACCCUCUCUUGGAAGGUUUGUUGUGUUGCCAUAUUCUUUCAAUUUUUUAAUAAUGUAUUUAAUUGUGCUCCGUUGGAUGUUCAAAGUUUCUGAUAUUUUUUUAUAACCCAACCCUGAUCUGUACUUCUCCACAACUUUGUCCCUGACCUGUUUGGAGAGCUUCUUGGUCUUCAUGGUGCUGCUUGGUGGUGCCCCUUGCUCAGCGGUGUUGCAGACUCAGGGGCCUUUCAGAACAGGUGUAUAUAUACUGAGAUCAUGUGACACUUAGAUUGCACGCAGGUGGACUUUAUUUAACUAAUUAUGUAACUUCUGAAGGUAAGUGGUUGCACCAGAUCUUAUUUAGGUGCUUCAUAGCAAAGGGGGUGAAUACAUACAGUGGGGAGAACAAGUAUUUGAUAACCUGCAAAAUCAGCAGUGUUUCCUACUUACAAAGCAUGUAGAGGUCUGUAAUUUUUAUCAUAGGUACAACUGUGGGAGACGGAAUCUAAAACAAAAAUCCAGAAAAUCACAUUGUAUGAUUUUUAAGUAAUUCAUUUGCAUUUUAUUGCAUGACAUAAGUAUUUGAUCACCUGUUAGUUUUUCUUUAAGAAGCCCUCCUGUUCUCCACUCAUUACCUGUAUUAACUGCACCUGUUUGAACUCGUUACCUGUAUAAAAGACACCUGUCCACACACUCAAUCAAACAGACUCCAACUUCUCCACAAUGGCCAAGACCAGAGAGCUGUGUAAGGACAUCAGGGAUAAAAUUGUAGACCUGCACGAGGCUGGGAUGGGCUACAGGACAAUGGGCAAGCAGCUUGGUGAGAAGGCAACAACUGUUGGCGCAGUUAUUAGAAAAUGGAAGAAGUUCAAGAUGACGGUCAAUCACCCCUGGUCUGGGGCUCCAUGCAAGAUCUCACCUCGUGGGGCAUCAAUGAUCAUGAGGAAGGUGAGGGAUCAGCCCAGAACUACACGGCAGGACCUGGUCAAUGACCUGAAGAGAGCUGGGACCACAGUCUCAAAGAAAACCAUUAGUAACACACUACGCCAUCAUGGAUUAAAAUCCUGCAGCGCACGCAAGGUCCCCCUGCUCAAGCCAGCGCAUGUCCAGGCCCGUCUGAAGUUUGCCAAUGACCAUCUGGAUGAUCCAGAGGAGGAAUGGGAGAAGGUCAUGUGGUCUGAUGAGACAAAAAUAGAGUUUUUUGGUCUAAACUCCACUUGCCGUGUUUGGAGGAAGAAGAAGGAUGUAACAACCCCAAGGACACCAUCCCAACCGUGAAGCAUGGAGGUGGAAACAUCAUUCUUUGGGGAUGCUUUUCUGCAAAGGGGACAGGACGACUGCACCGUAUUGAGGGGAGGAUGGAUGGGGCCAUGUAUCGUGAGAUCUUGGCUGGGUCUUCCAGCAUGACAACGACCCAAAACACACAGCCAGGGCAACUAAGGAGUGGCUCCAUAAGAAGCAUCUCAAGGUCCUGGAGUGGCCUAGCCAGUCUCCAGACCUGAACCCAAUAGAAAAUCUUUGGAGGGAGCUGAAAGUCUGUAUUGCCCAACGACAGCCCCAAAACCUGAAGGAUCUGGAGAAGGUCUGUAUGGAGGAGUGGGCCAAAAUCCCUGCUGCAGUGUGUGCAAACCUGGUCAAGAACUACAGGAAACGUAUGAUCUCUGUAAUUGCAAACAAAGGUUUCUGUACCAAAUAUUAAGUUCUGCUUUUCUGAUGUAUCAAAUACUUAUGUCAUGUAAUAAAAUGCAAAUUAAUUACUUAAAAAUCAUACAAUGUGAUUUUCUGGAUUUUUGUUUUAGAUUCCGUCUCUCACAGUUGAAGUGUACCUAUGAUAAAAAAUUACAGACCUCUACAUGCUUUGUAAGUAGGAAAACCUGCAAAAUCGGCAGUGUAUCAAAUACUUGUUCUCCCCACUGUAUGCAUGCACUACUUUUCCGCUUAAAAAAAUAAAUAAUUUUGUAACAAGUUGUUUUUUUCACUUCACCAAUUUGGACAAUUUUGUGUAUGUCCAUUACAUGAAAUCCAAAUAAAAAUCUAUUUAAAUUACAGGUUGUAAUGCAAUGAAAUAGGAAAAAUGGCAAGGGGGUGAAUACUUUUGCAAGGCACGAUAAGUAUUCAGACCCUUUGCUAUGAGACUCAAAAUUGAGCUCCGGUGCAUCCUGUGUCCAUUGACCAUCCUUGAGAUGUUUCUACAACUUGAUUGGAGUUCACCUGUGGUAAAUUCAAUUGAUUGCACAUGAUUUGGAAAGGCAAAAACCUGUCUAUAUAAAGGUACCACAGUUGACCGUGCAUGAGAGAGCAAAAAAACAAGUCAUGAGGUCGAAGGAAUUGUCGUUAGAGCUCUGAGACAGGAUUGUGUCGAGGCACAGAUCUGGGGAAGGGUACACAAACAUUUCUGCAACAUUGAACGUCCCCAAUAACACAGUGGCCUCCAUCUUUCUUAAAUGGAAGAAAUUUGGAACCACCAAGACUCAAACUGAGCAAUUGGGGGAGAAGGGUCUUGGUCAGGGAGGUGACCAAGAACCUGAUGGUCACUCUGACAGAGCACUAGAGCUCCUCUGUGGAGAUAGGGGAACCUUCCAGAGGGACACCCAUCUCUGCAGCACUCCACCAAUCAGGCCUUUAUGGUAGUGUGGCCAGACGGAAGCCACUCUUCCAACUCACAGCCCGCUUGCAGUUUGCCCGAAAGGCACCUAAAGAAACAAGAUUCUCUGGUCGGAUGAAACCAAGAUUGAACUCUUUGGCCUGAAUGUCAAGCAUCAUGUCUGGAGGAAACCUGGCACCAUCCCUAUGGUGAAGCAUGGUGGUGGCAGCAUCAUGCUGUGGGGAUGUUUUUCAGUGGCAGGGACUGGGAGACUAGUUAGGAUCGAGGCAAAGAUGAACGGAGCAAAGUACAGCGGGAUCCUUGAUGAAAAUCUGCUCCAGAGCGCUCAGGACCUCAGACUGGGGCGGCGGUUCACCUUCCAACAGGACAGUGACCCUAAGCACACAGCCAAGACAACGCAGGUGUGGCUUUGGGACAAGUCUCUGAAUGUCUUUGAGUGGCUCAGUCAGAGCCCAUACUUGAACCCGAUCGAACAUCUCUGGAAAGACCUGAAAAUAGCUGUGCAGCAACGCUCCCCAUCCAACCUGGCAGAGCUUGAGAGGAUCUGCAGAGAAACUCCCCAAAUAGUUGUGCCAAGCUUGUAGCGUCAUACCCAAGAAGACUUGAGGCUGUAAUCACUGCCAAACGUGCUUCAACAAAGUACGGAGUAAAUGGUCUGAAUACUUAUGUAAAUGUGAUAUUUCAAAAAAUUGAAAAUUCAUAAAUUAGCAAAAAUUUGUAAAAAAAACAAUUUUUGCUUUGUCGUUGUGGAUUAUUGUGUGUAGAUUGAUUAAAUCAUUUUCCCCCCCUCGUCAAUUUUAGAAUAAGACUGUAACCCAACAAAAUGUGGAAAAGGGGUCUGAAUACUUUCCAAAGGCACUGUAUUUCCCGCUUAUAUUUCCCUAGUAAACCAUAACAUUAUCCUGCAACCUUUCCCCAUGUGCUGCUGCGUUCGCAAUAAAACCCCACUAUUUGGA